CACUAGCGUCAUUCCCUAAUAAUAUUUAUUAUCGCAUUUAUAUUUUGCAACAGUAAUAUAUAAUGGAUGUUGAGGAAGACUUCCCUCGUUCCAGUGAGGUGGUUCUGGAGUCCUUAGGCCAACCUAAGCGUCGUGAUCGUUCAUCUGAGGAUAAAAGCAACACAUUCAGUUUCAAGGUUCCUACUACUAGUAAUCGUUCUCUGAAAUCUGGUAAAUUAUUUCAGCGUGGCAGAUUGCCUACUUAUGAUAAGCUAGAGGCUGGUUCUCUUCUUUUGGGUAGUGUUGCUGUUAUAGCGCCUAGUGGUUUACGUAUUCAUCUUCCUGGUGGUUUAGUAGGCUUUGUUCGUGCUUCUGAUGGUGUUGACAUACCGGAAUCAGCUCGUCAGCGUCCUGAUACUAUACUUUCUGGUUGUGUAUCUGUAGGUUCUCGUGUUGUCUGUUCGGUUCUUGAGGUGAAGCGUCAUUUUGUGUUACUUAGUAUGCGCCCAUCGGUUAUAAACAAGGGUUUAUCAUCUGGUGCUCUUACUACUGGUAUGUUAUUACCAGCAUCAGUUCGUGCUCAUGAGGACCACGGUAUUAUAUUAGGUUUCCACUUGGGUGACUCCAGUAGCAUUGGUGGUUUCGUUAGGUACGACGAUGUGGAAAAAACUGAAAAUGACAAUCCACCUCUAGACAACGAUAGCCCAGUCCUUGAGACCGGGUUAACCAAAAGAGAACCUCCCAAGGACACCUUCAGGGAACUUCUCACCAAUUUACCACUAUAUUCUACUGUAUAUGUCGUUGUGGAAUCUGUGAAUGAAUCUCGCCAAUUUGCAACAUGUCGCUGGCCCUGGAGUUACGAGUACCCUAUGCCGUUAGAUUGUUCCAUCCCACUGCUUAGUGUUCGUCCUGGUUUACUGUUAUCUGGUGAGAUAUCUGACAUUCACAUUGCUGCAUCAUCUUUGGGUGGUGGAUCAUUAUCGCAUUGUAACUAUGGCUUUGAUUUGAAGUGUUUGAAUGGUUUAAGUGCUAUAGUUCCGGCACUGCAUUCAGUUGUUGAUUAUUGCAAUCCUUCUUCUUCCACGGGACAGCAGAACGUGGAUACCACUGGCAAAGCCACUAAGAAGCGCCGUGGCAAACGUGUUGAAGAGCUGGAUGACUCAUCGCAGGAAAUUUUGGGUUUGGAGGACAUUGUUAUAGCUCGUGUAAUCUACGUUAACCAUUGGAACAAGACUGUGUACGUAUCUCUAUUAUCUCACGUUACCAAAUGGACCAGUCCCAAGGGCCACAGACAUAGGCUUGUAACUCCCUCUCUAAAGACUUAUUGCAAGGUAUUGCGUGGCAUACCAGGCCAUGGUAUUAUCUUUAGUCUAUAUAGGAUCCAAACACAGGAAGAGCUGGAUUCAGGUUAUUCUCCAGAAUCUCUAGUCUUUUCUGAUACUGAGCUCGGUUUUUGUGAAUCAUCUCAGUUAUGUGAUGACAAAGGUGAUGGUCCACAUUCUGUUGUAUCAUCGGACGCUCAGCUUGCUAUGAAGUUUACUUUAGGCAGUAUCCAUUCGUGCGUUGAGUUUGGAUAUGACUUUUUGACUCGUUUUGUUCGAUUAAGUACUCGUGAAUCCUUGCAGGGUGAGUCUGUGUUAUCGCCAUUUCAUUUAUCUGGUGGUUCGUUGUUGAAGGGUGUGAUAGCUCACAUUGGAUCUUUUGGUAUAACAGUUCGUUUAUCUACGUUGGUUCAUGGUAGGGUAUCCCUUGAGCAUUUGACUGAUGUUCCUUUGGACACUAUUCCUGACCGUUAUUCUGUUGGUGGUACCAUCAAGGUCCGUGUGCUUCGUUUUGACCAUGUUCAUAACAUAUUACUCUUAACUGCUAAACGUAUUCUACGUAAGGACUUGAAUCCGUUAAUAAAUCUGGAUCAAGUUGUUAAGGGUAAUGAGGUUUUGGGUUAUGUUUCUCGUGUUUCUCAGCAUUCGGGUGAUAAGGUGACGAUUAGGUUUUACAAUGACUUACAAACAACAUUGGAUCCCGAGGAGGUAUCUGAGGCUAAGCGUCAGGAUAUAGAUCUACGUAACGGUUCUGUAGUCCGUGUGGUCAUUAGCAAGGUUGACAAGCGCCGUCGUUUUUUCCAGGUAACCUUAAAUCCUGAGAAGAUGUCGCUGUUAAAGGCUUAUGGCAAUGACCGUGCUAAGCGUCGUCGCGAAAUACGUCGUGCUGCUUGUAAGAAGGCUUUUACUAAUCACGUUAGCUCUCGUAAGCAUAAGGAAUCCAAGUCAUGAUCUUGGGUGUGGUGUGUAUCACAUUAG